CCUGAAUGUUCUAUUAUCCAUAUCUACUUUCAUUUCAACGAUUCCGCUGUGCCAUCGCGUUGUCGCCACUGAAUUCCGAGUGUGCCUCUACAGCAAAGCUCCCCCAGAUUGUAAUGGCUUUCACUUCCACUCUCAUCACCGCCUCUUCUUCUUCAACCUCUCUUCUCUUCCCCUUUACCCUCACACCCUCCAAACCCCUCUUUCCUCCCAACCGAAUCGCCCCUUCUUUGGGUCUCGGAUUGUCCGUGAAAGCCCAGACUCUUGAAUUCUCAGGUUCGUUCUUCGAAGGUGGAUUUGGGGCUGAGGAUGAGCCGCCGGCCCCUCCAGGGACAGGAUUCGCCGAUGCCCUUGAAGAUAAGGAGGAGCCUCAGUGUCCUCCUGGUCUUCGGAAGUACGAGAGCAUGGUGAUUCUGAGGCCUGAUAUGUCUGAAGAUGAAAGACUCGCUCUCACCCAGAAGUACGAAGAGUUGCUUGUUGCUGGUGGUGGCAUGUAUGUGGAAGUAUUCAACAGAGGGCUCGUUCCACUAGCAUAUAGCAUCAAAAAGAAGAACAAAGCCGGUGAAACCAACACUUACAUGGAUGGCAUCAACCUCCUCUUCACCUACUUCACAAAACCGGAAUCGAUGAGAGUUCUCGAGGCAGCGCUUCAAGCAGACGACGAUGUCAUUCGAUCAAUGAGUUUCAAGGUAAGGAAUCGAAAAUACUAGACCAUUUAUUUGACACUGUAAAUCAAAUUUCUUGGUGUUUCACGUCAUGUUUUGUACAAUUUGAUUCAAAGCAAUGUGUAGUUGCUGUUUGUGCUUUUCCUUUUCCGAUGGAGUGCUGCUAUUGUGACAACUCUAUGGCCAUUUAGCCUUUAUCCAUAACCAUCUGAUUGCUGUUCUUUUUAA